AUGGCUUCCCCGCGCCUGGGGACCUUCUGUUGCCCCACGCGGGACGCCGCCACCCAGCUGGUGCUGAGCUUCCAGCCGCGGGCGUUCCACGCGCUAUACAAAGUAUCAUCUAAUUCUUGCCUAGGUAUCGUAGUGCGGUCUGUGGCGUGGUUAGCGUUCCCCGAUUUCGUUGAAAACAUCUCCCACGUUAACGGGACAGACGUCUGGCCUGCCGCCUUCUGCGUGGGGACCGCGGUGUGGAUCCAGCUGUUGUACAGCGCCUGCUUCUGGUGGCUGUUUUGCUAUGCGGUGGACGCCUACCUGGUGAUCCGGAGAUCUGCAGGACUGAGCUCCAUCGUGCUCUACCACAUGAUGGCCUGGGGCCUGGCCGCCCUGCUGUGCACCGAGGGUGUCUUCAUGCUCUACUACCCCUCGGUGUCCAGGUGUGACAGGGGUCUGGAGCACGCCAUCCCCCACUACGUCACCACGUACUUGCCACUGCUGCUCGUCCUCGUGGCCAAUCCCAUCCUCUUCCGAAAGACAGUCACCGCAGUGGCUUCUUUACUGAAAGGAAGACAAGGCAUUUACACGGAGAACGAGAGACGGAUGGGAGCCGUGAUCAAGAAUCGAUUUUUCAAAAUAAUGCUGGUUUUCAUUAUUUGUUGGGUGUCAAACAUCAUCAACGAAAGCCUCUUAUUCUAUCUUGAGAUGCAACCAGAUAUCAACGGAGGCUCAUUGAAACAUGUCAGAAAUGCAGCCAAGACCACGUGGUUUAUUAUGGGCAUACUGAAUCCAGCGCAGGGGUUUCUCUUGUCCCUGGCCUUCUAUGGCUGGACGGGAUGCAGCCUAGACUUCCAGGCAACGAGGAAGGAGAUCCAGUGGGACUCAAUGACCUCAGCCAACGAGCGGCCUUUCCCGACCCCAGAGGGCUCCUGUGUGCCCCGUGACAGCCCCACCUCCAGGAAGGCACCGCGUGUGGGUGGGCACACGUCCGACGAGGCCCUGAGCAUGCUGUCUGAAGGUUCCGACGCCAGCGCUAUCGACAUCCACACGGCCCGUGGGGUCCGCAGCGCCGAGGCCGAAUCCAUCCCAAAAAUGCAGGGAGACCUGUGACCGGGACGUGGCCGGCCCCAGCCCAGACCCUCCCCUCUCUGCCGUUCUGUUCACCCCUUCCCGUCCCUGCCCCGCCUGGGUGUAGCGCCCCCCGCCCCCCAGAUCGCACGCCCGUCACCGGGUGAGCGCCUCUCCCCCCGGCUCCCCGUGGCGCUGACAGGUCCCGCCACGUGCGCUGGGGAUGCCAGAUUUCCCACCCGACCAGACGCCGAAAUGUCAGGCCAGGUCCGCGUCCUUGGGAAAGUCAAUAAAGGCCUCGUAAGCGAUCCCCGUCUGCUCGGCUUCUGUGCGAACACGGCCUGCAGCUGCCGCUCUGCAGCAGGGGCCCGACGGUGCCAGGGCCCCUCCAAGCGCAGAAGCAGCAGGACCAGUGGUGCGGCUAAGCGGAGGGCCCCGGGGUCACCGGGACGGGGUGGGGGAGGCGGCAGGAGAGGUAGUUUCCACCAGGAAUUGAGCCUCUGGUCCCUACGCCGUGCUGAGUCGCGUGCCCAAGGAAUUCUUGGCACCUGAUUUAUUAUGGUCCGAUCGCCCAGGGCUCCACCUUUCCAUCACGAGAAGGUACAUAUACGGUUGGCACAAAUAUUGUAAUAGGCACUGACGUUGCAGCCAGGUAGGUGUGUCUCUAGGAGCAUGACACUGUUUUCUAAGGACACUGCGGACAGCUCUGCUGUGUGACAGCGUCUUCACGAAGAGAAGCUGUUCCGGAAGCUCCUGGACUCGUACUUCUGCAGGGAUGUGCACUUCUGCAGGGCACGGCAGCUGCACAUGGACGCGGGGCUCCAGGUCACUGUCGCCGUGCUGCCCAGGGCUGCACCUCCCCACGAAGGGACCUGCACUAGGGCACACCCAACGUGACCCCAAGUGUCAGGGACGCACGAGGCCGUGUCAGCUUUGCCGGGUGGCAUCUGCAUUCCUAAUCUGUGCUCACAUCCUGUCCGCCCCCAGCAUGGAGAGCCCGUAGUGUGCUUGAGCAUCUACCCCCUACCACAUGGGGCAUUUACUCAGCGCCGCAUGGGGUACAGCCCGCCCCCGCUCUGGAGGCAAAAACCGCUCACUGCGCGAUUUCCCAGCCUCCUUUGCGGCUGGAGGAAGCAGGGGACUCGGGAGAGCCAAUCACACAGUGUUCCACGUCUGUAAGUUAGUGGCCAGUGCCCAAGGGAAUGGGCCUCAGAGAAGCACCUGAGGACAGGCUGGCCGCAGGCACGACCCUUUGGAAGGCAGCUGCGGUGAGCUUGCAGGCCCAGGGUGCAGGUGUGGGCGGCCCCCGGUGAUCCUGGAGCCCCACUGUGGCUCUUGCUGUCUGCGUGGCCGCCAAGGCCACUUCUUGGAAACCCCUCAAAGGCGCCCAGUAUUGGCGUCCAUGCUCCUUGGGUCACACUGGCCAGCGUCGGGGUGGGAAGCUUGCACACGCGAGCCGUGGCAGACCUGAUUAUCCGGUUACAACAGCUCCUCCUAGAUGGGGCGUCAUCGUCACCAGCUGGCACCGUGGUGUGGAUUGGGGCGAGAGGGUCAGUGAACGUGCCUUGUCGUGGCUACUCAGCAGGCACGGAGCUAGGCCCUGGCCAUGGGGACUCGCUGGGGAGCGUCAGGAUGUGGCGUUAUCUCGUCAAUCUAGGGCAUAAAAGAGACAGUAUCUGAGCAAACGAACAAACGCACGAGAUCGCUUGGUUGUAAGCGACUUUGCUGGAAGCCUGGCCGCUGCAGACGGCGGACGCUGGGAAACCCAGCAGGCCGAGGGUGAUGGGAGUGGUCAUGCUGAGGGCGGCGUGACCGCUCGAAUGGACGGUCUUGAAGAUGGGGAAGUGGGCGGCACGGGGGUCGGGGCUGGCCGGACACGACGGAGGAGUCGCAGGCGGUGUAGUUUGGGUAGAAAGGUGUCACCAGGUGGCUCCCGUUUGACGCCCCCUGGGCUGUUUAUCGGACCACAGGAAACUCAUGACUCUGCUCAAGUCCUCCAAAGACCCCUCCCUCGCCCCUCGGGACUGACCGUGUGGCCGUGGGAGAAGGUGCUAGCGCAGCCACGUCCUCCUCCG